AUGGAGGAUCGUGGCAAAAUCGAGCCGAUGCUGAAGAUUAUUCUUAACCGCGAGCUGACGAUGCACAUGAGGGCGCUCAACCACAGGGUGCGAUAUACGGUGAUGCAGUACGUCUACCGGUUCUUCACGAUUUUCCCGGAGGAUGCUGAGGAGAUGACCACCGUCGUUCUCGAGCAUCUAAACGACGAAUCCGUCGAGAUCCGCUCGCAGGCCAUGAUGCAGUGCAUGAUCUGCGUUGAUCAGUGCUGGCGACUAUUGAGCAAACGCGAAUUUAUUCAGCCCAUCUUCGCAAAGAUCAUUGACGAAAUGUCGCGCGAUCGCAGCCCGAAGGUGCGCGCGGCUGUCUACAAGGCCCUGCGUCCGUUGCUGACGAAUGCCGCCGCAAUGAAUGUCGUCGAGCACGCCCUGAAAUGCGUGGUGCCCCACGGAUUGGCCGAUCGAAGCGAAAAGGUCCGACUCGCCUGCUUCCAAUUUCUCAAUUUGAUCCGCGACCAUCGUUUUAUCAGAUUCUACGACGUUGCCGACGUGUCGCUGAUCCUGGCGUGCGCCGAGUUGGAGACGGACAAGAAGGUCCAGGAGCAGAUCGUUGGACUGAUCCAGAAGUUGCAAGCCAUUGCCCCGCCCUGUGAGCUCGGCGGAACAUCACAAGAAAUCGACACCGAGUCCAACUGUGAAUUGUUCGCCAAGCUGAUCGCGCAGACGACGAAGGAUAUUGAGAUUCUCAUCGACACAUUCCCCAGCGAGGGUGUCUCAACGGCCGAAAUUAACGAGCAAAUGGUUCGGAAAGACCAUGACAAGAUGAAGCUAAUGCGAGAACUGGAGGCGAGCGUCGACGAUGCGGAACGGUUGUCCAAGUCGCUGGAGCAGAAGCUGAGCAAGAUCGCCCAAGUUCAAGUCGACUCGUGGAACCAGGGCAAAACGCUGCUGCACUGCUCGGCUGGCAUCGGGCGCACGGGAACGCUGCUGGUCAUCGACUGGCUGCUGUGCAACCUCUACAAUGGCGGCUGUAGUGAUGUGACGCAGCUGGUGAAGCUUCUCCGCAGCCAGCGCGCCCACUCGAUUCAAACGGACCGCCAGUACAUCUUCAUCCACUCGACGGUGCUCGACUACCUAUGCACAAAAUAUCCGCAGCGGUACGCGGCCUGGGGCGCCGACACGUUCCUCGCCGAGGCGAAGAAGAUGAACCGAUCGCGUGAACCGGCCGCCACCGGGCCCUCGUCCAAGGAACCAACACCCGAAAUUCCCAAGGAGAUGAAAGCA